AUGCGUCUGACAAUGACUAUGUUGGUAUUUUUCAUCGCAUUGUUUUUAGCAGCUGCAGCUAUUGAUCCACCUCCAAAUUGUCGAUUUUUGAAUCCUGUACGUGAUUCCUCUGCUGAAACUGCGUUGAUGAAUUUCUUCUACAUGAACACAUCGUUCAUCUUCAAAGAAUCGAAUUUCUUUCAACCUCAAUGUCUACUAUGUGAAAAUGAAGGUGGCUUAGUGUGCUUCGGUUACAAAGGUGGAUCUUCAUACGGAAUAGCUGCAGGUUCAAUCAAAUCUGUUCGACUGAUUACUAAUUUACCAUAUCUUUAUUCAUUGGGGGAAAAUGUCGGUGCAUCAGUAACGACUAUCGAUACAAUUGCAGUACUACGCGAAGAUUUGGUCAUAUCGCAUGAAACACUGGCGCGAUUCAAAGGAAUAUCCACGCUCGAUCCUGUUGUCGUAGGAAAAACGAUUGCUUUACGACUCGGUAUGAUAUGUCUGUCGGACGAUAUGAACGAACACUCUUUGACGAUAACUGGCAGUGUGAAUAAACUUAGUAUUCGUUUAUUUAUCAACGAAAUAUGGGUCAAUGGUAGCAAUGGAAUUAUUUUGAAUGGAAAUAAACGAGCACGAAUCAACUGCAGAAAUCAGAGUGUAGUUGUUGAAUCCAAUGGUGCUGUACCUGAUGAAUCUCCGUGUUCAAGUGCACCAUGUCUUGGUCCAGAAUACUGUUUGACAUAUCAGCCUGAGUAUUCAACUACUCGUGAGACGUGGUGUCCCUUAACUGAAAAAAAUUGGAUAUCAACUUCUGACAAUGAUUUAAAACUACUUCCAUCCGAUCUGUCUCUGCCGUUACAUAUUCAAUUAGAACGUGUUCUCCUCUAUGAAAAAGCAUUUACUGUAGUAUUGAAUCGGAAUUGGUUCAUCGAUUAUGCUGGUAUUCUUACUAUCUCAAUUCCGGAAGCUACAUCUGGUCUAUACUCAGAUCCUGUCUGGAAGAUUACUCUACCUUCGACCGAUCGGCAACCUCUAAAUCAACGAAAUAUACUUCUACAUAAUUGUACAAAUGUUCGAAUACGAUAUAACGCAUCUAGUAGCAGUCAUUUUCAGACAACAGUUGUGUUCGUAGAUAUGAGAUCCAAUUCUACCUUUACAAUCAAAGCGGAUCUUGACCAAGCGAAACAGUUGUGUAAUCCAGAUAUUUUAAUCGCUACUGACGAAAAUAGUUUAACAACAGCAAGCACUGAAAGUGUGCCUACUAGUACGACGACACCGUGGGAUUCCACAGGAUUUGCAUAUAUGAGUAAACCGUCGCACAUUUUAUUGAUUCCUAUAUGUUUCGCUUUGAUCUUUUGCAAACGCUGUGAGACUACAAAUAAGAGUGUAAAAGUGCUUCAAAAUUAUUGUCAAUUUCAAUCAAAUAUUCUUCUUUCAAUAAUGGCUACUAAUAUAUUACAUGCUAUCGUAUGCUUGCUGGUGGUCAAUGCAACGUCCGGUUUGGUAGCAGAUUCAUCGAUUAGUCGUUCAUUCUUUUUACCUCGGGCUUCGGACCCAUUCUGCGAUGAGUAUGUAGAAAUAGUCACUCGAAUGAGUUUGACUGAAUUGAUGAGUAUGCCGCAACUGAAUGAUACUGAGUUUCUUGAUCAACUUGCUCGUGGUAUCGACUCCGUCUUAGUAUCAAAGACUCGUACUGGUUUAAACGACUUAUUCGAUUCAAGUGUAGAUGGACCGAUGCAAUAUCAGACUGAGACAGAAGGCGAAUGGCAAGAAUUGAUGGCUGAUGCACCGGCUAGUAUAAAUUACAUGGGUGCUGUCAUGGCUAUCGCUAGCAGACAAGAUUUUCCUCUCAAAGAAAAUUUUGAUUACAAAUAUGUGAAAUAUCCCAAAUCUUUCCAAACUACUCUAGUGCAAGUUUCGAAUGAAAUGUAUACAGCAUUAUUUAAUGCGCACACAGGCAUGGAUAAAAUCCAACUCAAUAUGCGUCAAAUUCCUGUCCAGUUAAAGACUACUUUGAAAUUGAUUACGCAAGCGUCGACAGCUAUGGUCAAAGCAAUGUUACCUCGAACUUUAGCAAAUAUCGGACGAUAUGCUAAUGAUAGUGCCACUAUUGCUCGAAGUGCAAGCAAUAAAUUUGAAAAGCUUCAAGAAUUGCUUCAAGAAAUCGUGCUUGCUAGUACUCAGACAAAUUCAGCGAAUAAAGACAAAGCUGCAGAACUCGCCAAAGAAGCCGAGAAGACNCAAAUAUCGGACGAUAUGCUAAUGAUAGUGCCACUAUUGCUCGAAACAAAUUCAGCGAAUAAAGACAAAGCUGCAGAACUCGCCAAAGAAGCCGAGAAGACAAGAAAUAAACAGAAAGAAAUGGAUGCUGAAAUGGCUAAACUACAAAAUGAAUACGCUGUAGCUCGACAGGAUUUAGAAAUAGCUCGAAGAAACUAUCAUACAGCUAUGAUGAAUGUUCCCGGCGGUCAGUGGGAUACAGCUGCUUGGGAGGUUUACGCUGCUCAACGACCUUUUGUGACAUGUUCAGGAGUGUGGUUCUGGAAAAAAUGUCGAUUACAUCGUGAAGAGCAUUUUUCCCAAUACAAUCAUGAAGCAAAAGAAAAAGCCAAAGAAGCUUUGAAACUUCUCAAAGAAGCAGAAGAACGAAGUAAAAAUGCUUUCACUCAGCAAAUGAAUAAACAAAAUGCACUCGGUACAGCCAUGACCGCUUUGGCAAUGAUUAAAUUUGAUGAAAUCUCAAUCAAUCAGACGAUUACUAUUCUUCUCGAUGCAACGAAAAAGAUUUCAGAUGUCAAAGAGCAAUGGAGUCGAAUCACACGAUUUUUCACUAACCUCGCGAGUAGAACUGAACAUACACAAAACGUCAUAUUGGAAGACUUUCUCGGUGUUAUCGCCGAUGUUCAAUCAAUAGGACAAUCUUUGGAUCCAAUAGACAAAGCAGUUUUCGUCACAAUGUUAGCAGAAACGGCAAAGGAUAUCGAUGAAGAUACGCACAUGCUUUUUCUUAUGGCUAACAUAUAUUCAAAUGUGUCAAGCAAACAUUUAGUCGAUCGAAUCGCUAGUCUGUCCGGUCUUCUCACUAUACAGAACAACGCUGAGAGAGAUGUGUAUGUCAAAUCAGUGGCUAAUACGACACAACACACAUCACUAGAAAUAAAACGCCUAGCAGCUGAUCGACAAAAGGCAUAUGAAUCGGCGAGUUCUGUUCGUCAAGAACAAUAUAUGAACCUCAUUCAAGAAGUAACAUUGCAAGAAGAAUUAGAUCUCCUAGGUGGUAUUGGAAUUGGUAGACGUUGA